AUGGCAGCUGCAAUACCUCGUCAUCUUCUUGAAACACUUGUCAAUUGUCCAGCUUGUUCACAACGUUAUACUGAACCAAGAGUUUUACCAACAUGUGGACAUACUAUUUGUACAACUUGUCUGGAAAAUGAAUGGAAUUCACAAGAAUCAUCAUCAUCACCAACAACAGAUACAAUUGAUGAAAAAUUAAUUCAUUAUUGUCCAGUACAAAAUUGUCGAAAAGAAAUAUGUUCAACAAUAAAAAAUUAUACAGAUUUACCAAUAAAUCAAACGGUUCUUGAUCUUGUUGAAUCAUGUAAUUUUCAUGUUGAAGCAACUGGACAAUGUCAAGUUUGUAAUCAAUCACCAUCAUUUGUUAAAUGUUCACAUUGUUGUUUAUUUGUUUGUUUUGAAUGCGCAAAUCAACAUAGACGUGAAGCAUUAACAACAUUAACAAAUAAUAUAAAUACAUUAGAACAAGACUAUUUAGCUAUGAAUGAUCUUAUUGAUCAUGCAAGACAUAAAUUAAUUGAAGUAAAACAAAAAUCUAUUGAAGGUAUACGUUUAUAUUAUACAAGUUUAAUUGAUGAAUUACGUUCAGCACAAGCAACAAAUGAAGAUAUUGUUGAAAGACAAUCAUCUAUAUGUACUAAUGAACUUGAAUCACUUAUUGAUGAACAUAAACAACGUUGUGAACAAAUAAAUAAAACAAUACAAGAUUUACGAAUAACAAUAACAGAUUGGUCAACUAUUGAACAAUUUAAACAUUUACAAUUAAAUUUAACACAUAUACAAGAAGAUAUUCGUGAAGCUAAUCAAGUAUUUCAUGAACGUUUACCAGAAAUGAAAUUAUUUGAAAUUGAUAAUGAUGAAUGUUUAAAGAAAAGUUUUAGUAAAAAUCAAGAUUCAUCAUCAUCACAAAUAGAGGAACUAGUUAUAAAUAAUAAUAAUAAUAAUGGUAAACAAAAUUCAUCGGCUUCAUCUAGAACGGCACGAAAUCAUCAAACAGAUGAUUCAAGUAGUGCAGCUUCAUCAACAAUAAAUAAUGAUCAUGUAAAAGCUUCUAUAUCUACAAAUGAUCGAGCAAUAAAAAAACACUCAAAUGGUCAAGGAAACCAUUAUAAAUCACUUAAUACUAUUGGACUUCAACAACAACAACAACAAGCAUCAACAAAUAGUUCCGAUGAUACAAAUAAUAAUUCAAUAAUUGAACAACAAGUACCACAACAAACAUCAACAUCUUCUUCUUCAAAUACAACUAGUAAUCAUCAUGCACAUCGUGUUCAUCCACCUAGUUCAGCAAAUUUAUUACCAAAAACUGUUUCAAAUUCUAUGGCUGAUUUAUCUUUAGUUACACAAAAUCAAAAAAUGUCAUUAACACCAACUCGUUUACCAACAUUUCAAUCCAAAUUAGAUAAUUGUAAUAUUGAAUCAUAUAAAAAAAUUCCACUUUCACAAAGUUUCGAUUGGGGAAUGUUAGCAAUAACAAAUACAGAUUUAAUAUUACUUUAUAAUAAAGAUAAAAGUUCAUUAGUUAUAUUUGAUGCUAGUGGACAUGAGAAUGAAAGAAUUCAAUGGUCUGAUGGGGAUAUAAAAGAUUUAUGUAUUUAUCAUGAUGAUAGUAUAAUUAUAGUAGGUGAACAUAAACAAGCAUCAAAACCUAUUGAAUGUAAAUUAUAUAUAUGUAAUUUAACACGAAAACAACUUGAACGUGAACGUGUUGUUGAACGUGGUCUUAAUUGUCAACGUGUUGCGUCAGAUACACAAUUUAUUUUUUAUGCAUCAGAAAAAGGUUGUAAUAAAUCGAAAAUAUCUGUCUUUGAUCAUGAAUUACAAUUACAAAUAACAUUUGAAUCUGGUGUUGAAAUACGAAGUUUAGUUGUCGAUAGCCAAUGUUGUUAUAUAUUAGGAAAAAGACGUGAACGUGAACCAGCAAGAUAUUUUCUUGAAAAACGACAAAAAAAUGGUCAAUUGGUCCGUCGAAUUGAUUUAUAUGAAAUCAAUGUUGAUAAUAUGAAUCGUUUGAUUCUUGAUUCAGUUAGUCAUGGUGUUAUUGUGACUGAUGGAGGAAAUAAAAAAGUCUGGGCUAUUGGACCAGAAGGUGAAAAAAAAGCAAUUCAAUACAGACCAUGGCCAUGGAGUGUGGGUUUUUUAACAACAGAUGUUUUACUUAUUUUACAUGCUGGUUGUUUAACUUUUCAUGCAGUUAAUCAUCAUAAACAAAUAAAUAAUGGAACAAAAGUACGAAAUACUAUUACAAAUACGGAAAAAGUUUGA